UCAUGCUGCUGCCAGUCCAAGUCUGUCAUGGGUCCCUGUACGGCCUCCCAUUGCUGCUGUCUCCAUCGCCACACUCUGCCAUGUGCCACUUUCAGGUCUCCUCACACACUGCUGGUGUGUUCAAUUUUUUGACAUAGGUGCUGGCAGAUUACGGGCCUCCCAUAGCUGCUGCCAGGCCCCUAAUCUGCCAUGGGCCCCCUAAUACCGCCUCCUCAUGCUGCUGCCAGGUCCAGAGUCUCUCAUGGGUCCCUGUACGGCCUCCCAUUGCUGCUGUCUCCAUCGCCACACUCUGCCAUGUGCCACAUUCAGGUCUCUUCACACUGCUGGUGUGUUCCAAUUUUUUGAC